UGAUAAGGCGCUAUAUCAAAUGCGAGGAUUAUUAUAUUAUUGUAGGAUCAGUGCAGUGUGUCUGUGCCGCGCUCUGCUGGCCGCUGCCCCCGUCACUGCUCCAUCACAGCUCCGCCACUGGAGACGGUUCCGGCUUCUUGUCAGAAGCAGCAACAGCAGCAGAUACACAGACAGAGGCAGUAACGCAGACAGUAACGCAGACAGCAACACAGGCAGUAACGCAGACAGCAACACAGGCAGUGGCAAAGGCAGUAACACAGACAGAGGCAGUAACACAGAUAGAGGCAGUAUCGCAGGCAGUAACGCAGGCAGUAACGCAGGCAGUAUCGCAGGCAGUAUCGCAGGCAGAGGCACAGGGAUGAUUGUGGCACCAGCCGCCGAAAGGAACAAGGAUCCCAUCCUGAGCGUCAUCAAGCAGCACCUGGACCCCCGAGUGCCCGCGCUGGCUCUGGAGUUGGCUUCGGGCUCCGGUCAGCACACGGUGCACUUUGCUCAGGCGCUGCCCGCUGUGCGGUGGCAGCCUUCCGAAGUGGAGGAGAGAUCGCUGGAAAGCAUAUCUGCCUACAUUGCAGCAACGAGAGUGGGAAAUGUCAAGCAGCCAAUUAAUAUCGACUGUUCUCGGAGCUGGGAGACUUGGGGAAGUUUGAAGCCAAACUCUUUUGAUCUUAUUGUAAAUAUCAACAUGAUUCACAUCACAGAAAUAAAGUGCACUGAGGGUCUGUUUAAAGGUGCUGGGCAGCUGCUGAAACCGAACGCCUUGCUCAUCACUUACGGGCCCUACGCAGUCAAUGGCGUGAUUACUCCACAAAGCAACGUGGACUUUGAUUUAACCUUACGGAAAAGAAAUUCAUCUUGGGGACUGAAGGAUGUCAAUUUAUUACAAAAGUUUGCUGAAGAAAAUGGGAUGUCGUUUGAGAAGAUGGUGGACAUGCCGGCUCACAACAAAUGUUUGAUCUUCCGGAAAACGACAUGUGUGUAGAGGAUUAAUCUUCUUUACGAUUUCACCAAUAGACAUAGGGGAUAAAUAACUGGAGGAUGUUUAGCUCUUGAUGAUUGCAGCAGUCCUAAUAAUACAAACAUACAUCUCAAUCUUCAUCAAUAGUUACUCUCUAUCCAUCAAAAGGGCUGACUUACAAUAACAUAGUCACUGAAGCAACAUUUCCUUUUCUUAAAAUAAACUGGUCUGCGGGGACAGUUUCCCUCAGCAUUGCAAAGAACAAGGACUGCGCUUAAUAUAGAAAGUGGAUGUGGAAAUCUAGAACUACAUCUCACAACUUGAGAAGGUGGGGGGUGGGGGCGGGACAACGACAAAAUAAUCAAAACAUUUAGACUAUGAUUAUUUGUAAAUCCUUCCCUUUCUAAUCACAGAGUUGCUAGUUGGAACUCAAUGCUGGAGAUGAAAUCAGGGCCUAAAGUCUUUACAGAAAAGAAAAGCAAAUUGAAUGCAGUCGCCCCACAUUGCUCCCAUAGUCUGGGUAACCUUUUUGAAGAGGCUUUGCUGUGCGUCUGUAUGGUAUACGUGCACUGUUGGCAUUUUUGUUGCCUGUGAUUCUUCGUAUCUCAAUGUGCCUUGUAUUUGUACAGCUCUCGUUUCGUAAUGGAUUUAAGAGUUCUGCGCAACAUUAAUGUAAAGAGUAAAGCAAAUUGUUUCAUGAUUUGGUUGCUCUGUAUUGUAGGUAGCUGGUGGGAUACAAGUUGUAAUCAGUCAAGCCUAUUUAAACUAUCAAGCAGAGAUGUUGUUUAUUAACUGUCACUAAUGAGCAAAAACUGUUUCAUUGAAGUUGUAUUGAUUUGAAAUAAAGUCACACUUGCACCUACUGAUGAGGAGCUUAA